AUGCAGUAUCAAGUGAAUCAGAGUACUGGAGCCUUAUUUUUCUUCUUGGGUUUCUCAGAGUAUCCAAACGUACAAGUGCCUUUGUUCCUGAUGUUUUUGGUCAUAUACAUCAUCACUCUUUUGGAAAAUCUAGGUUUGAUUUUGGUCAUAAGGAUCAAUGCCAAACUCCACACUCCUAUGUACUUUUUCCUCAGCCAUUUAUCUUUUGUUGAUCUUUGUUACACCACCGUGAUUGCACUGAAAUUAUUAGACCUCCUGAUAACAAAGGACCGAUCUAUGUCACUCAAAGGAUGCAUAAUCCAGUUUUACUUUGGCUGUGCUUGUGUGUUUACCCAAAGUUUCAUUUUAGCAGUCAUGGCCUAUGAUCGCUUUGUGGCCAUUUGUAACCCCCUGCUGUACACAGUGGCCAUGUCUCAUAGGCUCUGUGGCCUCCUGGUAACUGGAACUUACCUCUGGGGUGGACUGUGUGCCACCACAUUCACUUAUUUUCUUUUGGCAUUAUCUUACUGUAGAUCUACCAUCAUUAACCACUUUUGCUGUGAGUACACGGCCAUCCUCUCUGCAGCCUGCUCGGAUUCUUCCUUCAGCCAGAUGGUAUGCUUGUUAAUUUGUAUGUUCAAUGAGAUAUGUAGUCUCCUGAUCAUCAUUGUCUCCUAUGCUGUCAUCUUUAUCACUGUCAUCACGAUUCCUACUAAAGGAGCACUACAAAAAACAUUUUCUACCUGUGCCUCCCACCUGACUGCGAUCCCCUUCUGCCAUGGAAUUAUUCUCCUUCUAUACUGUGUGCUCAGGUCGAAGCGUUCACUGCUGCUUGUUAACAUAGUCACUGUGUUUUACAGCAUGGCCAUCCUUAUGCUCAAUCCUCUUAUUUACAGUCUAAGAAAUAAGGAUGUAAAGGAGACCGUGAGAAAGCUAAUCCACUUAAAAAUCCUUGCUCAUUAA